AGAAAUUCUUGUGGGAGGAAUUGUUUUAGCAUUGUUUUACCUAGGAGAGAGAUUCCAAAGUGGUUCAGCCAUCAAAGUAGGGGGUGUUGGAUAUCUUUUCAGUUGCCUCCACAUUGGUUUAACAGCAGCUUCUUGGGAUUUGCUUUCGCUGCUGUUGGAAUCAGCAAUAAAUAUAAGCCUUUGCUUAUUGCUAUGAGGUUUAAGAGGCUUGGUACUCAGAGGAUAAUCACAAAAUGUUCUAAACGUCAAAUCACAAGUCUUCCAGCUGUGGAUUUUGGAAAUUUGCCAGUUAGGUAUGUCUCACGCAGUGAAUUUCUGAGAAACGUGGAAGCUGAUAUGGAGCAAUUAAAUGAGGAUGGAAUUGAAUUUCAAGCUUGUUUAUUUGGAGUCUGUCGGAAUUCUUCAUCAGGAGAAUAUCAACUGGCUUUGAAAGCAGCUGAAAGAUAUUGCUUUGGGGAAAAUGGAUGGGCAGGGAAGAAUUUUGUUGAGGUUGAAAAGUUCGGUGUCCGUUUAGUAUACAAGGAAGCCAAACAACAAGCAUUGAGCAUACACAACUCUGAAGAUAAUAACAACAUGGGUGUGUUCCAUGGAGACUUGGACAGAUCUGCAGGAGUACAAGGUGCUAGUAGUGCUACUACAUCGAAAAGAAUACGAGACGACCUUAAUGACAAUGACUACGACGCAGCAGCAGGAUCCAGUGGAAGUCCUGGAAUUGAUGAUCAAGAGGACCUCCUUAACCUCAACAGCAAAAGGCUUAG